GACGGUUUCAGUACUUGAAUAGCACCUAUCUUCGCUACUUUCCAGGAUCAUUUCUCAAUCAGGCCACUUUCUUUUCCACUUACUAUCUCUGUCUCUGCACUAUCUACCUAUCAUGUCUGUCCAACAAGUCUCCUCUGAGCAAGUCUCCGUCUCUGGGGACUCUCUCCAAUCGAACCAAGUCUCACAACUCCAACGCCACGGCUACCUCUUUGGCAAGAAAUUGACUGCUUCGCUGUCGCCGUUUCUUCAUAAUGUUAUUUAUCAAGAUUUGGGAUUGAAGUGGGGUCAGGUUAGACUUGAUUCAGCUGAUAUUCCUGGCUUUUUGGAGUUGGCGCACCAUCCCGACUUUUACGGCGCCUCAGUUACUAUGCCCAACAAAGUCGCCAUCAUUCCAUACCUAGAUGAACUCACAGAAGAAUGCCGCGAUGUCGGCGCUUGCAACACCCUCUUCAUCCGUGAAAGAGACGGUCGCCGUAUCUUCUGCGGCGCAAACACAGACGUCAUUGGCAUCCGCGACUCAUUCUACCAAAACAUCGACAACCCCGACGCCGUCUUCCACAACAAACCCGCUCUCGUAGUCGGUGGCGGCGGCGCCGCUAGAAGCGCUAUCUACGCUCUGCGAAAAUGGAUGAAGGUCAAGACAAUCUACCUCGUCAACCGCGACGAAGCAGAAGUCACCGCCGUGAUCGCCGACUGCGCUGAGCGCGGCUACGGCGAAGGACUCCUCCACGUCAAGGACGUCUCACAAGCACAAGCCCUCGAAGCACCAGGUGCCAUCGUAGCAUGCGUUCCCGACUUUGAGCCCGAGACAGAAGAGGAGAUUCGCGCGCGCGCAGUGACGGAAACGUUUUUGGACAAGGAGCAAAAGGGAGCUAUUUUGGAGAUGUGCUACAACCCCACGCCUUUUACGCGGCUGGGCGGUAUUGCGGAGGAUAAAGGGUGGAAGGUCAUUCUGGGAACGGAGGCGUUGAUUUAUCAGGGCUUGGAGCAGGAUAAGUAUUGGACGGGCAAGACGUUGGAGGAGAUGCCGAUUGAAAAGGUGCAUGUUGCUAUUGCGGAGAAGGUUGCGCAGAGAGCGGAAGCGAAGCUGUCUUACAGUCUCUUCAUAAAGGAUAUCACAAUGGCUGAAUCCUCAAAGCCACGCCCUCUCUUCAUCUACGGAAGCCUACGCGCCCGCCCGUUAUUAGCCUGGGCCCUAACCGGCGAUGCCGCAAACACAGAACCCAUCUCCGCCUUCGCCAGCCCAGCCACAGUACGCGGCUACGCACGCUAUACCGUCCGGUCAAGGGACUAUCCUGCCGUUAUAAAGAAAGAUGGGCAUGAAGUAGAUGGGGACUUGCUGAUCUUGGAGACCAAGUCCCUGCGCAAGAAGCUCGAUGACUUUGAAGGGGAAAUAUACACUCCUACUAGUGUUGAUGUUGUACUGGAGGAUGGGAAUAUUGUAGAGGCGGAUAUGUAUGUCUGGGCUGAAGAUGAAGAUAUGUCGACUGAUGAGCCCUGGGAGUUGGAUACUUUCGUGAAGGAGAGGUUGGAGGAUUGGCUUGAUCUUUUUGAGGGCAUGGAGAUGAUUGGGGAUGAUGAGGACUGA